GUUCAAAGGUGCUACGCGCGCUCUCUGUGGGAAAAGGGGAAAACCCAUUUUUAUUCAUAGGAUGCACAAACUGCAUUAUAUGAACAGACAAUCUAGCGCGUGAGUUAACCAUUGCAGCCUCAUUUUUAUACACACUUGAAUAGAGAAUGAAAACUUUUGAUCAAAGAUAGGCGCAUCUCUUUCGACGCAUAUUAUCAACCAACAUCAGAACUGGGAUUCAUGAUAUUGAUUCAAUUUACUAUAGAUCUAGAUCUAUAUUAUAUACGUCACUGCAUAUUGUUUGAGCUUGCAUGAACCGACUUCGUAGUUCGUACAUUAGCUGAUCACACUUUAUUUUAUUGGACACUGGAUGUAUGCGAACAAUGAGCUCGUGUUUGUAAUUUGCCAGAAAGCUGAUAUUUGUAACAAUGGCUGAGAAGGCUACAGAAGAUAAAGCUCCAAGCUCUUCACACAACCUGACGUGUCCGCUAUGUCUGGAUAUCUUCGACGAGGCAACCAUCCUGACUUCAUGCGGACACACCUUCUGUCGGAAGUGUCUCAGGAACUAUGACCUGUCCCAUCAGGAUCGCGAUCACAUGAUCUGUCCUCUCUGCAGAGAGAUCACCAAGUUGUCGGCGAACCGUGUCGAUGAUUUCCUCCCCAAUGUGACUGUCAACGGACUCGUAGACGAUUACCACGUCGAAUGUAGAGGGAUGAAUGCUGUCCUUGAGAUGCGUCCAAAAUGCACUGCUUGCAUAAGUCAAAGGGAGGCUGUGUCAUUCUGCAAAACCUGCAACAGUUAUUUGUGUGAGCAGUGUCUAACCUGUCAUCAGAGUUUGUCUUUGAUGUUUAAGGCCCAUGAGAUUGUAUCCAUGCAGGAUAUCAUCAACGGGAAGGUCAGCAUUGGUCAUCUAUCCAAGAAGUGCUUCAUCCACAAACAAGAGAACAAAGAUAUGUUUUGUGAGGAUUGUAAGGUCCACGUCUGUUUCAAGUGCGUGAUCGUUGGUCAUCAAAAUCACAAAAUCAAGAAUCAGGCUGACUUCGAGCAGGAGUUACGGCUUAAGGUGAACGACCUUGUCCAGCGAUGUGCCACUAAGAAAUCAGAACUGGAGAAGAACAUUCAAUUUGUGGAAGUACAACGCCAUGAAGUAUACACUGCUGUGCAGAAAGUUCUGGACGAUAUCAGUCAAGCCUACAGCAUCAAGGCUAAAGAGCUUGAAGAAAAUCAUCGAAAUCUCAUCGAGCAAAUCAAUGCAGUAAAGCGGAGUUUCGAGGACGACCUCUACGUCUUAAAAACCAAGGAUCAACAGAAGAUCAAUAGUAUUUGUAGUUCAAUAACACUGGUAGCUAAUGACAGACUGGGUCGCCUUGAGACAGAUAGUCUGUCUGCUCAUCCCUUGCUCUGUGAGGAGCUGGAUGCGAUACUGAAGGAGGCUACUGAUCACACUUCUGCAGCAGACAUUACAAAGAAAGCACAGGAGAAGUGGUUUAGGCCUGCAGAUGGUACUCGUCUUGAACUCGGGCGUAUCUCAGAAUCAGAUCCCAAGUUGCAGGUCAUUCAGUGUGUAGACCUACGAGGAAUGAUGUAUGGAAUGACCCAGUACUCUGAUUACAGUGUGGCUAUCGGAUAUGGUGAUAAACAUAGUAUAGAUGUAAUUGAUUCAGCUGGUUACAAGUACCAGUGUACAAACAUACUAAGUAAAAUGAAGUGUCUUGAUCUUGUAUUUCAACAAGACAGGUCGUUAUGCAUUUGGCCGGGUAACAACCAAGCACACAUGUAUUCACCCAAUGGCUCCACGAAAUCAACCAUCCGCAUGAACAGCAGUGGCUUUCUGGGACUAAACAGAAGUCCAUCAGAUGAAAUCCUUAUCGCUACCAAUGAGAAGCAAGUCUAUAUUUAUGACCCGACUGGAUCCACUCUCAAACACACUGUUCCAACAACACACAACGAGACGAUGCAGAUGUCUGCCACCAGGUCGGGUUUGAUCGUCACGAGUUCAUGUAACACCAAUCCAAGCGUGGUGACGGUCUAUGACAGGGAUGGUAAUGCUGGUAAGUCUCUACAAGCUCCAUUCGGUGUCUACCUGUUUGCUGCCCUGGAUGAGCAGGACAGAGUUUAUGUAGCGAGCUUUGAUUGUAAGAAUGGUAGCGUGGUUAUCAGGCUCUAUGACCUUCAUGGUCUGAACCUGAAUGAGAAAGUUGAGUUCAAUGCACUUAAUAUGACGGUUUGUCGUAAUUGGUGUUACUUGGUUUCACUCUCACCAGACAUGCUCGCGUUUGCUUGUGACAAGAAGUUGUAUUUCAUCAAAGUAUCACUGUAAUCCAGCUCACACUCUAACCAUUAUUUGUAGUGUGUAUACCUCUCUGCAUCAGAUGUAUAACAGGGGCCUAUGUUUCAUAUUCUAAUGUUUAUUUAUUAUGUGAUAAAUAACCGAACGGGAAGAUUCUCUCGAUAGAUUUUAAUUGCCUGAAUACAGUUGUCAUUAUCCAAUAACAUGAAAACUUCCCUCUAUCGAAAUAGUGUGUUAUAAACAAGUUUUAAAAUGCAUAUAUGCUUUUUUCAUUCUGUACUUGUUUUCUCUUUUAUGUUUGAACAAAUGAUCGGUACUGCAAAGUACUAAGUUCAAGAUUAAAGACUUUAGUAUGACAGAAAUGGUUGCUAUAUUAUUUGUGAUAUCACUUGAAACGCAAUCAAAAUAUGAAAGUGAUAUGACAUUAUCUGUAUAACUUGAUAAUUGAACACAAAUAUUGAUUUACUUCUGCGAUAUUUUAUAUACAAGUGAUAUUUCUCAUGUCGUUAAUUAUAAUGUAUUUUAAAGUUUAUUUUGCUUAUGUUUAUAUAACAUGAUUUUUAAUAGAAAUAAAUAAUACUGACUUUGUAAGUAGGACCCCAUUGUAACUUAAGCUAUUCCGCUUUCCUGGUCAUCCAGUUAAUAUUAUUAUUAUUUUCUUUUAUAAUUAUAAUAAUAUUUCCGCUUAUAUAGCGCUUAAUACAUCGACAAGUCCAAAUUUUUAAGCGCUUUACAUUUAUUACCCCCGGUCGGCUUGCCCGCAAACAAUGUUAUGCACUUUCUCCACUCCCUGGGGAGCAUUUCAGCAAGAGCUACUACUACUAGGCUCAAAUUGCUAAGCAUACUACAUUGGCUUUCGCAUCCUACCGGGUACCCAUUUAACCCAUGGGUGGAGAGUGGCAAAUGUAGAUCAAUAUCUUGCUAAAGUACAUGUUAAAAAACAUGACAAACCAGUUGAUAUGUUUGUAAGAAGAUUACAUCUCAGCAAUUGCUUGUGCGCAUAAGCGACCUAGCGAUUUGGGGACAACCAUCUUCUUUCUAUCGUUCUUU